UGUGCCAAGGCCUCCAGCUUUAAGAAGCCCUCGCUGGGAGCCGCGUCCCAGAGGAAGAAAGCGAGUCCCAAGCUGGAGCUCACCGAGGAGCAGAAGCAGGAGAUCCGGGAGGCUUUCGACCUGUUUGACACAGACGGCACCGGCAACAUAGAUGUUAAGGAGCUAAAGGUGGCCAUGAGAGCACUAGGUUUUGAACCUAAAAAAGAAGAGAUCAAGAAAAUGAUAUCAGAUAUCGAUAAGGAAGGAACAGGAAAAAUCAGCUUCAAUGACUUCUUGGUAGUGAUGACACAGAAAAUGGCUGAAAAAGAUUCCAAAGAGGAGAUUCUCAAAGCUUUCAAACUCUUUGAUGACGAUGAAACUGGCAAAAUCUCUUUCAAAAACCUCAAACGUGUCGCCAAAGAACUGGGGGAAAACCUCACAGAUGAAGAGCUGCAGGAAAUGAUCGAUGAAGCAGACAGAGAUGGGGAUGGGGAAGUGAACGAGCAAGAAUUCUUGCGGAUCAUGAAGAAGACCAGCCUGUACUGAAACAGAAUUUUAUUUAUUUUUGCACGUGUAUAUACGUUUGGUAGGUGCCUCACUUUUUUACAGUCGUCUUCUUUUGAGACAGCAGAAAAUAUAGGUCAACUUUUUUUUUUUUUUAAGUGCAUGAUCUUAAACUUGUGUUUGGGAACAGUUACCAACUGCUAACCUGUUUACAUGUAGCAACGUGGUUGCUUGUUUGUGCUCGUAAGAUGUUUAUACUCUUUGUUUUUGAUACACAAAUCACAUUUUUCAGUGACAG